GAUUUUGCGCAGCUGCCGCACGACCAGCUGUCAGCCCUCAAGAACUCACUUCUGCAACUUAUGGUUGCUUACACGGGCAAGCAACGGCUUGUCAUCACACAGCUGUGCAUCACGCUCGCCAAUUUUGCUCUCCAGUAUCUGGACUGGAAAAACGCCGUCGACGAGAUUGUUUCCGUGCUCUCGGGCCCUGCCACCGACACUCUGCUUGAAUUCUUGAAGAUUUUGCCCGAGGAGCUGCUCGACGUGAAAAAGACUCCGUUGACCGACGAGGAGUUUGAGGUCCGCGCAAACGAGCUUCUGGCCGCCAAUGUGCAGUCUGUGCUGUAUAUUCUCACAACGCUAGCAGAGUCGCGGGCCUCCAACUCGGCGUCCACCAACAGGCUCGUUCUGGAGUGCAUCAAGUCCUGGAUCAUCGACAUACCUUUCGAGCAGGUUCUGUCCAACAACGCGUUGUGCACGCUGAUUUUCGACGGACUGCUUGCCGACGAUAUGUUCGACACGGCGAUCGAUUGUCUAUCGACGAUUGUCGGCGAGACGGCCGACUGCAACAACGACAGCGUUGUGGAAGCUCUCUACGAGCAGCUGCUCAAACUGAAGCCACUCAUGGCUCAGACCCAGGACGAUCCCGAGAAAGUGGAACGGUUCACAGAGCUGUUUGCGACUGCGGGCGAGGCGUGGCACGUGCAAAUUGCGAAAAAGCCCUACAACUUCAAGCCGCUCGUCGACAUCAUCCUGCAACUCACAGCCUACGAGGAGGACCUCGACGUGGUCAAGUACACGUUCAAGUUCUGGUACGAUCUCAAGACGCUGCUAAUUUCCGACGCCCGGCGCGAGGCCCGUGCCUGUUUCACGCCGACGUACACACAGCUGGUGGAAAUCAUGAUUAAGCAUCUGCGGUAUCCGACAACCUCAAACUCGACUGAGCUGCGAGAUCUCUUCCACAACGACAAGGAGGCCGAGGACAAGUUCAAGGAGUUCCGCUACGACAUGGGAGACGUUCUGAAGGACUGUUGUGCGGUGAUUGGUGCCCCGGUGGCCCUGGACAUCCCGUUCAAGAUUCUGCAGAGCCAGAUGAACUUGCAAAUGCAGGGACAGCCAGUGACGUGGCAGGAGAUCGAGGCGCCGCUGUUCAGCAUGCGUGCGAUGGCCAAGGAGGUCGGCACGAACGAAAACACAAUCUUGCCUCAGAUCAUGCGGUAUCUGGUUCAGCUACCAGAAAACCCCAAGAUCCGGUACGCAGCAACGCUGGUGCUCGGCCGGUACACCGAAUGGACGGCCAAGCAUCCGGAGCACCUGGAGGAGCAGCUCAACUACAUCACCAGCGGCUUCCAGCAGCAGCAGAAUAUGGAUAUCAUCAUUGCGGCGUCGCAUGCGCUCAAGUAUUUCUGUAUGGACUGCGCGGAACUGCUGAGUAACUAUCUGGAACAGCUGUACAAUUUCUACUCGAACGUGGAGCCAUCGUUGGACAUCGACUCGCUGUACGACAUCACGGAAGGCAUAGCACAUAUUCUGAAGGAGGAGCGUGACCAGGACAAGCUGUACAACAUCACGUUGAUGUUUUGGAAGCCGACUUUGGAGAAAUUGAACCAAUAUAGCAGCGCGCAGCCGGCCACUGCGCAGGAGCUCGACAAAUUGCAUACGCAGAUCGCCGACACCGUGGAGAUCCUCACCAUCUACGUGGACGCGCUCCGACCAAAAAGCUUCUCGAAUGCAAGCCAUCCGGUGGCCCGCAUCGUGAUGGAGAUCGUGUGGCCGUUGGUGGUGCGGCUCGUCGAGACACACGGCCGGUCGGUCAAGGUGAGCGAGCGGUGCAUGAAGCUGGUGAGACGGUCGCUGCAGAGCUACAAGACGUACCUGCUGCCGGUAGUGUCGACGACUGCAGAAUUGCUUGUUUCAGGGUUCCAAAACUACAAACACGGGUGCUAUUUAUGGGUUUCUGGGGCAUUCAUCAAGGAGUACGCUGCAGAAGACGACGUUUCUGCAGACAUCAAGGAAGCAGUCUGGGGGUUUUCGGUGCAGCAGGCAGGAAACUUCAUCAAGAUUUUCAACGAGCUUGGAAAAGACGACAUUCCCGAAUACACUGAGCUGGUGGAGGACUUUUUCCGGAUGGGUAACGACGUGCUCAUGUUUCUGCCCGUGAAGUUGCUCGAGAGCAGUCUGGUGGAGCCGGUGUACCGGGUCGCGGUGCGUGCGCUGGAGACGUAUCCGGAGUACGGCACGAUUUCGUCUGUGCUACAGUUUUUGGUGGAUCUGUACUCAUGGGGAUUUGAGACGCCGCCGGUCUCGAUGGCGGACGACAUCCCCGAGGCGCUGAAAUACAAGGUGCUGAAUUUCGCCGUUGCGACGGGCGAGGAGUUGCUGACUAAGCUGCUUGGCGGACUAAUUUUCACUUUCCCUAGCGACUGCUGGCCCGAGGCGAACGAGCUUGUGGUUAAGCUGGUAAAGCUGAGCAUGCUGCAGGGCGGCUCCAAGGUGGGUCUGGGGUGGCUGGACCGCGCGAUGCUGAGCUUGCCGCGGGGCAGCGUGAGCGACAGCGAGCGGCUCAAGCUGCUGCGGACGGUGGAAACGGCAAUUAAUUCCAACGACUUUCGACGUGUGAGAACAAGCGUCCGCGACUUUGUUAGCUGGUACAGACGCAAGAAUGUCGACAGACGCAACAAUCAAUAGGACAAUCGAAUCGGUCGGCGAAUCUGAAAUAUGCACCUCAUAAUUGCCCAAUCCGGAAGAGUGAGCCCAAUUGUUGGUGUCCGGGGGGGUUUGUGCAAAAAUCUGUUUCCUUGUGCUAACAAUAGCCACUGCUGGCUGGCCAGCCCUGCACACACUAGACUAGAGACGGUGCGUGGAUGGCCAUUGUUGCCGCGCACUAACGAUUCGUUACGUAACUUCGAAUGGCAUGCCGGUUCUAUAUAUAAUGGAUCCAGGAUGUGCAGAAGAGGCAGUAUAUAUAAAGCAGCUUGUUCCUCCUUGGCACAUUAGGCUUAUGAACUCCAAUGAACAUCAGCGCCAUAGAUAGCACGUCUGGCCGCAACGAGUUCCAGCACUUCAAGGCAGACUUCUUCAAGAGCCGGUCUCUCUCUGUGGGCACAGACGCCUCGGACGACCUCAGCGACGAGUGUCGCUCUUGCUCGUCGCCGAUCCGUGCCAACAGACGCUCCUGCGACGGAGCCCCCGGCCGGCGCUGUGCGCUCGUAUCUCCCCUGCAAUGUCUGUACAGCCCGCUUGGCAAGCUCACCAAGAAACUGAAGCAGGCAGUCUUGCCCGCUCCCAUCGUGACCGCCUCCGACUCGCUCUCGUCGGUCAUGUCUGCGUCCACGGCAAACACCUCGCCCGCCACCUCGCCUUCCGCCAACCUCAAGCUGCUCAGCCCCCUGAUGCCAGCCCCAUCGUGCAACCACUGCGUACCAGACAUCGCGGACGAGUACUUUCUCAAACACCAAGCCGGCUCCGCUUCUGCCUGCUCCGCCACAGACUCCGACAGUCUGUACUCCCUAGACGACUCAUCCGAUCGAGUCUCGACCCACGUACGCGCCAGCAGCGACCUGCGGUUGGGCACACAAGCUCGCGAGCUCAGCUCGCUGCUGGCCACCGCGCAUGACAGUCCCGGCUGGAGCGUCAAGGACGGCCUGCUCAUUCCUGCGGACGCGGCACCCGACCCCGAGCUCGAGCACGAGCGCGAGCGGCACGACCACGACGUGGUUGCCGACCUCGUGGCCACGGACGUGCUUGAGCGACUCAACCGGCAAUGAGCCCCC